AUCAUGCGCUUCUGAGUUUUUAAACUUCCUAAUUCAUCCAAACAUUUGAAAGUUAAGAAAACAUACAGAUGUGUCGUUAAUAACGAAAAAUUGUUCAACAGUCAUGGUUAUAGUAAACCUCAUAGUAAACUUUGUGAUAAUAUUAGUACAUAUGAUAACUUCAGUUGCUGAAGCUCAGGUGGUCAUGUUGUCUCCGACCUCUCCCACCGUAACAGAGUACAGUCCUCUAACACUGACAUGUGGGACAGCGUUCACUGGCGCCGAGAAUGUAACAUGGAGUAAGCGGCUAAAAAACAGCUAUUUUUUUAACAUUGGAAUCAUCAACAUCACAUUGGGCGCCUGUUCUCCUUAUUCCCCUUCUUUGGAACCUAACUCCACACUAUACAACUACACCUGUCCGGCUCAAAACAAUCUCACAUUAACAAUAAGGAACGUUUCUAGAACGGAAAACGGACACGGAUGGAAAUGCACUGUUGACAGAAACGGAAGGGAAGAAAUCAGUCAGGAAGAAACUGUUUCAGUGCAAGUUGGCAUUUCCGGCGUGACAUUGUCCCCAAGCACCGACCCUAUCAACGUGAUAGAGAAUAACAACACGACAUUGCAGUGCAAUACAUCGGGCGGGUUACCGGCUGCCUCGGUUCGAUGGUACAUCGUAAGGUCGGGACAGGUGCAAGACGUCACGUCACUCUCCAUGAACACGUACCAAGAGGAGGACAAUCUCAAUGUGACGCGAAGCACACUUACAUUCACGCCGUUCAAAUCUGACCAGAAUGGCUCAGUAUACUGCUCAGCAAGCAAUGUUGGAGUGGAGUGGAAUUCAUCAAAUCCGUCUAUAAAUGUAUUAUUUCCCCCUGAUGUGCCAACCAUACAGAUUGGCGGUAACGAGGUCACAGGAACGGUAAAGAUCAUUGAAGGAAACAGCAAGGCAUUCAACUGCCACACAGAGAGUAAUCCGACCAGUAACUACAACUGGUCGUUCCCGGGAGGAUCUAGUUCUAACAAAAUCUUACAAGUAGAGAAAUUCUUGCCAGGGUCCUUUGACGGCAAUUACACGUGCUAUGUUCGGAACCGAAUGGAACCAUCUUCUGGAAACUCAAUGACAAUUGUGUCCCGGGCAACUAUAUCAGUCGAUGUUUUGUAUCCACCUCGUCUACCAUCAUUCAAAUACGGAAAUACCACAGACCCAAUCAUUACUGAUAACAAUAUAGAAAUUGUCCUUGGAGACGGAGCGUCAGUGACAUGUGAGGCCGACGCCAACCCGGCCCCCAAUACUUACACUAGGAUAGGGAAACAGACAAACAGCCAGCUAGUAUCCCUCAACGGCUUCAAAGUUAACACCACAGUCCAGUGCACGGCGACCAACAUUAUGACGGAAACAAACAGGAAACCUAUUAAAGGAAGCAAUAGUUCCUUUUUGCAAAUAAAUGUUUGGCGCCCUCCGAUUGGUGUAACAUUUCAAUACCAUUAUAGUGUUACUGGAUCAAUAAAAAUAGCAGAGAAACUGAAGAUACUAGCCGGCCAGGCCUUCUGGUUGUAUUGCACGGCGGAUAGUUCUCCUCCAUCUACGUACACAUGGUCAGGCCACCCUUCCUCAAGAGAAGGAAUCUGGAAUGUAUCAGGAGGUCUAACAGCAAGUCAGUCCGUGUCUUGUUUUGCUGAAAACUACAUGCCGACGACGUACAACGGCCCGGUGCGCGGGAACACGUCAUCUGAUCUUUACAUCGACGUAUUGUAUGGCCCGAAAGCGAGGUAUUUGCAGAACGUUACUAAAGUCCGCGGGGCAAAACUUGUUUACCAGUGCUUGUACACACCGGGAAACCCUUCAAAUGUUGACUUUGAGUGGACGAAAUCCGGAACAGAUGCAUCCUGGGUCACACAGUAUACACAGUACUUGAUCAUUCCGUCCGUGAAGCCAACUGACGAGGCCAGGUACACGUGCAACGUGUCCAGCAUUCUCCUGCCAACGUUGGAAUCAGCGAAGAACACGCAGUAUGAUACUGCAACAUUUUAUCUGGAUGUUCUUUAUGGGCCGGAAAAUUUGGUGUUAAAACUCAAUAACGUUUCAUUUGCAACCGUAGAAAUUGAUGAACAUUCAUCAAACCACAUGGAAUGUUUGCUAGAAAGUGAUCCCAGCUCGGAAAUGGCACUUACAAAAGACGGUAAAACAAUGGUUAAAAGAUCUGGAGUACAUCAACUCGUACAUGGACUACAGGCUGCAUGUUCAGACGCUGGAGUGUAUACUUGUUCAGGAUACAACCAGUAUGGAGUGGGGGAUAACGCGUCAAUGCACCUAUUUGUAAAAUGUUCGGCAAGGCGAUCACCGGGAGUGGAUGUUCAGCUUAAUAUUACCGCACGCCAGCAUGUGAAUGCAACUCUAGCCUACACAGUUGUCGCCUACCCUGUGCCACAGUUUGCCUGGAAGCGGUGUACGACUGGCAUGUCUUGUGAACCUUUGCCGAAUGAUAUGAACAAAUUUAUAAUUGAUACAAAAGGUCUAUCAAGUUACUUAACGGUGCUGGACGUUCAGAUCGAGGACUACAGAAUGUACCAAUUGUCUGUGUCGAACGGAGUUGGUGAUCCACUAGUCGAAUGGUUACACCUUAAUCCAACUGGAAAACCUGAUUUGCCAACGGACUUCCGCGCCAUUGAAGACACUAUAGGGGAGAGAACUGCUACUUUGACUUGGGUACCAGGAUUUGACAAUGGAUCUCCUCAGAAAUUUCAUAUUUCCUACAGAAAACUGGUUGAUGUAUAUGCUUAUUUUACACGAAUCGUAAAACAUGACAACACACAAGUGAUGUUUUACACAGUAGAGAAUUUAGUUCCUGGAACAGAGUACUAUGUUUCUAUCUAUGCGACGAACAAGGAGGGCACUACUGCAUCGAUGAACGAUACGUUCCAAACUCUUACAGCCGAACCUGGUACAAAUACUGGCCUUGCUGUUGGAGGUGCGAUUGGCGGAACUGUCGGAGCGAUUGUGAUCAUUGUUGUCUUCGUUCUCAUUCUCAGACGGAAAUACUCACUUAACUGUGCUGCUGCUGCUGCUGCUGAUAGAAAACCGGAAUCCGGUACAGACAACCUCACAUAUGCCGCUCCAGAGGCGUACGAGGACGUGUCUUUGCCAACGAAUGCAUCGACUUACGAUGCUCUUAAAACUGAAAACAAUGGGCCUGACGAAUCGCACAUUUACACGGCGUUGGAUAAGAAGAGUUCAAAGUCACAAAGGCACUACGAAAAUGUCAAGAAAAAAGAUCCAGUUUACAACAAUAUUGUCCGGGGGAAACUGAUGCAAACCCACUGUUAAGCAGAUAACUGCAACUUUAAACAUGACAACCAGCCGCCGUGUGAUGAUGGGAAGACUUUCAAUUUUAUAAUGUCAUUUAUUUGCCAGUGAAAACAUUAUACGUUUAUAACAAUUCAAAUUAUGUAAAUCUCAAUUCACUACAGCUUUUGAUCAACUCAUAUAUCGAUACAAAAAGGGACAAUAUGAUGGGAAUUUCUGCAUUCAUAUAAUCAGUAUAUCCAACCUUCAUAUAUUAAAAGUUGGGUAUAAUGAUUGUAUCCACAUUCAUAACAGGUGAUUUCAUGAAUUUAGGAGAAAUCCUGAGAAUACCUAGAUUGGGAUCUGGUAUAUCAAUACGAGAAAUAUCAAGGAUAGUUGUAUUGUUAAAAAUUAAAUUGUUUCUAUACAACCUACUAAUUUCUGCGUAUUCUAGUGCAUAAAUAUGGUGUACAGACAGUGUGACAUUGAAUUUCUACAGGAUGCAGGGUAAAACGAUUAUAAUAAUCCUUUUACGUCUAGCAAAGGCUGUUAUACGUUUUGAAACUCUUGAAGUCGGAGGUAUAUGUUGAAAAAGAAACCAAAUGGAAUGAAUAUUUUUGGUCUAUAUACACAAAAAGUUGAAAUCGCUAUGAUUAAACUACGUAAUAUGUUUCCAAAUAGUACAAGUGUUCGUCAAAACAAUUUUCACAAAGUGUGAGGAAAUUAUAUAAAUAUCGUAUGAUUUUUUUUUAUUCCUAACAAAAUUAAGUACAUACAAAAGUUUUAAACUGUUUUUUAUUCAUUUAUUCAAACAUUUUUACUUGCUGACAGUUCCUGUCAUCUGAUGUUUGUGUACACAUUGAAUAGUGACGUCACUGCUGUAUGUGUAUAAGGGAGGCAAUAACGUCAUGAUUUAGCCAAAAUAUUGAAGCAGUUAUUUGGCCUUAUAUGACAUUCAAAAUAUCACUGCGGUCACGUGUCAAAAAAGGUUGAAAAUGUUUCUUUUCUUUUUCGGGUAAUGGGAAUGCACAUUUUGUAUAUAAUGAUACGCAGUAUAUAUUUUAGUUUAGUUUAUAUUAGUAUAUGUAUCAUUAAGAUAAUUACAUACAAUAGCUAAAUGUGCGAAAAGUAAGCACCGUAUCACAAUAUCACCGCAGUGCUAGCACCGUAUCAACAUCAAACAGUACAAUAAGAGUAUUGUUCUCGAGGUAUCAUGUAAGAUUUGUUCUCGCAGAAACAAGCAAGGGGACCAUAGGGACUUAAGUCACUGUGUAGCCGAGACCUGGCCCUAGGUGAUGGCACAUAUGAAUACCCUAGGAUUUUAGGCUAUACGGGAUAGCAAUGCCAAUUUGCCUUAUUUUCUGACACUAUUAUGGUGCGUAUGCCUUAAAAACGAGCAAGGGGUGGUAUUGCGAUGCGGUACUACGGUGCUAGCUUCGCGCACAACAAUCGCUUAUUGAAAAUUAUAAUAAAGUCAAUAAAGAAAUAAGUACUGACGGAGGAGGGCAUUAUGUCACAUUUCUCUUUCUAAAAUGAUCAACAACAUACUUCGGGAAUUAACAUAAUUUUAUGAAUUUAAUAUUGUUAUAAACAGGUUUUAUAUGCUUUUGAAAUCAAUUGGAUAUCGAUGUAAAAGUAUUUUAAUAUCGAAAUAAAUACAUUCAAGUACAUGAAACCACUGCCAUUUAAGUUCACAUUUUCUUUCAUUUAGCUUUAUUUUAUAGACUGGGACUUUAAAACUAUAGGAUCUUUUAUUUCUAUGCUAAAGCAGUUAAAACAUAAAAGUAUUUAAGUUAUAAUAUGACUUUGGAGAUAUGUCUCAAAUGUCCAGUUGAACUCAACACAAUACAAUUUGUUUAUUCAGGUCAUUGUAUUUCUGGUAAUAGUUUAGCAUACAAUCAAUAUAAUUUUAUUUUAUAUACCAUAAAUGCUUAUUUUUGAUUAAAAAUACCAUAAUUCUUGAUAUAAAUACUUUGUAUUUAUAUUUUCAUAUAUGCUCAUGUUUUUAUUAUCAUUCAAAGCUUAAGUCACUCUUAACUCAUAACUGAAAACAUUAAACAUUAUGUUUAUAAAUGUUAGUAUUAAAACACCUGAAAUUUUUAUCCCCAAACGGGUGGAAUAUAGUUCGUCUGUCCGUCCAUGCAUCCUUCACCCACGGUUUCCGACCAAUAUUUGAAGAUAUUUGCUGCACGAGUGGGUACUUAACUUUUUAUUUACCUGAAUUAUACUAUCUGCACUUUCAUACGGCUUAGUAACUCGAUUCAAGUGAAUAUAUUUAUCUCACCUGUUUAUAUAAGAUCCUUUGUAUCAUUACUAACUAAUACUUUAACCGGUCACUGUUACAUAAAUUUACGUCAUUUAAACUCAAACAUUAACUUCAAAAUUAUGAUUUAUUGAAGCAUUUUCAAAUUAACUUACAUAAUUGAAAUUUUAUCAUUGCGGCUUUUUAAACAAAAAUGAUUGUUAUACAACGAAACAAAUUGUUUAUUUUUUUCAAAACAAAUAAUAUAUUUACAAGAAUGGGUUUACUGUUAAUAUGAUUUAUUACAUAUUAUUUCACGAAGUUAUAUUAAUGUACUUUGUUUUUGUAGUCACUUUAAACUACUUUAAUUACUGUGUCUUCCUAAACUUAUAUAAUUAUUUAAUUAAUUGAUAACAAAAUUAUUUCAUUUGUUAAAUAUUUGCCAUGUUUAAAUAAGACUGGAAUCCAGUUUAAAAACGUGUGUUUCUCUAAAAUGUGAUCACAUAGUCUAAAAUGUCAAAAAUUAAUAUUCAGCCAUCAAAGCAAUAGUAUUUGCCUCUUGUUCAUAUACAUGCUUUAGAGCAUCACUCAAUCGCAAUACAAAGUUGUCUGUACAUGGAUUUUGUUUCUUAAAAUAUUGUCAUGUAAUACUAUGAAAUGUCAUUGAUAUGCUUAGACAUUCUUAUUUUUCCUUUUUACAUUAUAUACGUGACUACGCCUCCAACAUUCAAUUAGAUUUUUCGUCUGUUUAUUAGUACUUCAGCCUUUUGGCGUUCUGAUGUUUUGUCAAAUGACCUAAUACAUCUAGAUUUAUGAACAUAGACAACUUUCUUCAUAUGUGGUACAAUAUCAGAUAUGCUAUGUCCGCCAUACUUACUUUCACAUGAUUAUUAAUAAACAUGAUCAUUAUGUUCUUUGAUCUCUCCCCCUUCUUUGACCUUGUUUGUGACAUUGUCUCGACGAUUGUACUAGCAUAUCUCAUUUUUAUAAUUUCAAUUACAUGAAUUGGCAAACAAAUAUAAACGUCGGCCAAAAUGUAAAAUAUAGGUAAAACAGCCGUUUCCAUCUUACUCUGUAUCUUUUGUUCCUACUGGGCUUAGCGAGCGACGUAGGUGAUGUUUACUCUUCAGAUUUCAAUCUGAAUAGUUUAGUUGAUAGUUCGGGGCGUAAAAGCAACUCCUUAUCACAACAGUUAGCCAUUUAACAAUGCAUCUCAUAUCCAACACACUUAACAGAAAAACAGUGCACAAUUAUCGAUCUCUUAUUUGUUGCUAACUCAGACACCUUGGACCAUAGUGGAGUUGGAGAGCCAUUUCUAUAUCAAAACAUUCGUAUUCAUUGCCCAAUGUUUGGAUUUUUUAGAUACCAUAAAUCGGUAAAGAAGGUCACUUGUCGUAGAAUAUAGAAAUCUGACAAUGGAAACUAUACACAACUUUGCCAAAAGAUUUUUGACACUGAUUGGUCAAUUGUUGAUAUUUCCGACAGCUGUAUUCCAAACAAGUUAAUAACUAUCAAUCUUCCUUGGAUGAAUAAUGACAUUAAAGUAAAAAUUCGAGAACGCAAAAGAGCUUAUCGAAAGGUCAAACGCACUUACUAUCCGAUACAUGGGACUAAGUUUCGCGAAUUGCGCAACGAAGUUGUCGCUCUGAUUCGGUGUUCAAAAUUGAAAUACUUUGAUUCACUUGCUUCGAAAGGUAACACCAGAAGUAGCUAAAUCGUAAGGCAUUCCUCCACAACUUAACCCACUAGAGGGCUAGUGCGUUGUAAACGACCAAGGCAAGGCCGAAAUCCUUAAUGGUUUCCUUGUCCUUUAGACCUACGUUGACGAUUCAAAACAAGACAUACCAGAAAUUGAUUUAACUAAUGAUGAUGCUAAACUUGAUUCCAUUGCUAUCGUACCUUCCAAUAUCAAAGAUUUCACAAGUAAUCUCUUUGUGGUAAAGCAUCUUGGCCCGAUGGCAUUGAUAAUGGUAUUCUACUUCAGUCGGUCAAGCAUCAAUAAGGUCACUUAGAAACGCAUCCAAUAUUUCUUGCCUUUGUACACACAAGUCACUUUAUAUGAAUAAAUUCGUUCAUUCCUCAAUUUAGCAUGGAAUUGUCUCUCAGCUGAAGCACAAAACAUUGACACUGUUUCUGAUUUUAAAGUUUACCUAAAGUAGGAUAAUUAAAAGUCAAAUAGUAUGUUUUAUUAUGAAAAACGUCGAUAACAGGUCAUUCAUACUCGCUUACGGAAUUGAUGCAGUUCUUUGAACCAUAACCCCUUUGUUAAAGAUAUUGUUCCCCCACCCUUAUGUUCGUGUGGAAUUCAUGAGACGUAUCAUUAUAUUCUUAUCUGUCCUCUUUAUACUGACCAAAGCAGACUUAUGCUCAACUCUAUGGAAACUCUGACUGACGUAACGCUUCGCAAUUUACUAUACGGUGAUACUGCCAUUACAGAACAAAAUAAGACAUUGUUCGAUGCAGCUCGCCUCCUUAGUCAAAUGACAAAAAGAUUUGAUAGCCAGUGCCAGUCAUAUCCAAUUGUUUAUAACUGCACCCAGAAUUGUCUCCUUUCUGUAAACAUGUGAUAAUCAGCACUAACAAUCAGGUCUCAACGAAGAAUUGCAUUUAAUUCAACCACCCUACCAUAUUUCUUCUCUUUCAUCCUUUUUAACUUUUUUAUUUUGUUCUCAAGCAAAAUCAAGGACUUUUGUAUUCGAUUAGUGAAAAUAAACUAAGAUUACUUUUGCAUUGUUAAGUACACAAAGUUGUUCAACUUUUAGCUAUUACCUUGUCCGUGUACGUCGUCUGUAAAUACAUAAUCUUCACAUAUUUAAUAAUAUUUAAUAAAGCCAAAUCAUGUUUUACAAUUAACUUAAAUGCAACUACUUAACCAUUAAAUUCAACAAUAUAAAUCUCAUUGUGUCAUCUACAUUGUCAGCUGUACAAAUGUCAGUCACUAACUGUGUACUUUUGCUAAGUUUAGGAGCAGAACUUUUAAAGAUAUAUUUAUCUUUCGUUCUAAUCAUUAUCUUUAGAUUGAACAUGUGUUUACUGUUUGUUUUUAUGUUAUGAGUGUGUACGCUGAUGAAUAAAAUAUGCUUAAACCAA